AUGGGUUCAAUGCCAGUACACGCAUCAUCAUCUCGGCCUUCGGUGAAGCUACGACAGGGUACCGUGGUCGGCAUUACCCAGAUUGAAUCGGAAGCAAAGCCUGUAGAAGCAUUCCUGGGCAUCCCAUAUGCUCUCCCUCCAGUGAGUGAACUUCGAUUUCGUCCAGCUCUGAGAGUGGAAACAUCGUCAAAAGUCGUCGACGCAUCCACUUAUGGUCCUGCGGCGCCUGGAAAGCCUCUUCUCAUCGCGGGGCCCAAGCUUGAAUACAGCGAGGACUGCUUGACCGUGAAUAUCUUUCGCCAGAUCCCGCAAGGCUCAAAUGGCCGUCUGCUUCCCGUUGCGAUUUACGUCCACGGCGGUGCCUUCAACCGUGGGAGCGCCUCGAUGCACAACACUUCUUCCAUGGUGGCAUGGUCAGAACAGCCGUUCAUUGCCGUGUCUUUCAAUUACCGAAUCGGAUCCCUCGGUUUUCUCCCGUCUAAGUUGAGCGCAAAAGAAGGGGCGCUCAAUCUUGGUUUGAAGGACCAGAUAUUAUUGUUUGAAUGGGUCCAGGAAAAUAUUGAAAGCUUUGGAGGAGACAAAGGCGAUAUCACCCUUUUCGGACUCUCUGCCGGGGCUCAUUCAAUAGGUCAUCAUCUCAUGAGGCACACUGAUGAAAACCCGGGGCCUUUCCACCGAGUGAUCAUAGAAUCUGGUGCGCCAACUUCAAGAGCCGUGCGUGCCUUUGAUGCCGAGAUUCAUGAGAGACAAUUCCGAGAGUUUUUGGAUGAGGUUGGCUGUCCGAAUGACUUGGUCGAGGAGGAGGUCUUUCCCUUCCUGCGGUCGCUGCCCUUGGCCAUCAUAAUUGAUGCCCAAAACGCCGUCUUCGACCGGUAUAAUCCGUCGCUACGCUGGGCGUUCCAGCCUGUCAUCGACGGCGAGGUGAUCCCACGUCGACCGAUCGACAGCUGGCGCUCAGGCAAUUAUUACAAAGUGCCCAUCAUGACCGGUUUCAACGGCAACGAAGGAUCACUCUAUGUGAACAAGAAAAUGGCAACCGACGAACAAUUCCGCCAGUUCUUCCACACGCUUUUGCCCCAACUGCCAAUCUCGGAUGUCGAAACCAUUGCACAGAAAUUAUAUCCUGAUCCGCAGCAGUCUGGAGAUCUGACAUAUCAAGAAACCCGGCAAGACUCAGCUGUUGGGCCUCAGUACAAGCGCAUUGAGGCGGCCUAUGGCCAAUAUGCCUACGUUGCACCUGUUCGUCAGACGGCCAAUCUGGCUUCGCGGGCCCAAUCUGAACCUGUUUAUCUCUAUCACUGGGCUCUGCCAACGAGUGUGAUUGGAGGUGCCAGUCAUGCCGACAACAUGCGGUACGAAACUUAUGGCUCCGAGAUCCGGUCACUGUCAGAGACUCAGAUGACGAUAUCUGGUAUGCUUCAUGCGUACAUAACCAGUUUCAUCUGCAACAAGGGCGAGCCCAACGCGAUAGCUGGUCGAUUUGCGCAUAGACCAAAAUGGGAGACCUAUGUGGGGGACCACGAAAUUCCCAGGUCGAUGAUCUUUGGAAAGAACUUACACGAGCUCAUUGGUGGUGAGAAUCAUGGUGACCCAGCCCAAUGUAUUUACGAUGAAUGGGCUAUGGAGCAGUGCCAUUUCUGGUGGGACAAGGUUGAAUUAACGCAACAAUAA